GGAAGUGACUUAGGGAAUUCCCGGUUGGUGGCUUAUUGCUUAACAUCCUACAAAAUGAUUUUAAAUUAUUGUCAUAUGCAUUUAUCUUCACUCUGAUGAGAGCUCAGACGUGAUAAGGCCGUGGCUCCCCAUCCCGGCAGGAGCUGGUGUGAUCGCUUCCUGCCUGCUUCUCCAUUGCCAGAGCCAUAGGACUUCCCACCCAGAAUCUUUAGGUAAAUGAGAUCAUGAUUCUGGAAGGAAGUGGUGUAAUGAAUCUCAACCCAGCCAACAACCUCCUUCACCAGCAGUCAGCCUGGACGGACAGCUACCCCACAUGCAAUGUUUCCAGUGGUUUUUUUGGAGGCCAGUGGCAUGAAAUCCACCCUCAGUACUGGACCAAAUACCAGGUGUGGGAAUGGCUGCAGCACCUCCUGGACACCAACCAGCUGGACGCUAGCUGCAUCCCUUUCCAGGAGUUCGACAUCAGCGGAGAACACCUGUGCAGCAUGAGUCUGCAGGAGUUCACCAGGGCAGCUGGCUCAGCUGGGCAGCUGCUAUACAGCAACCUGCAGCAUCUUAAGUGGAACGGCCAAUGCAGCAGUGACCUUUUCCAGUCCGCACACAAUGUCAUUGUCAAGACUGAACAAACUGAUCCUUCCAUCAUGAACACAUGGAAAGAAGAAAACUAUCUCUACGAUCCCAGCUAUGGUAGCACAGUAGAUCUGUUGGACAGUAAGACUUUCUGCCGGGCUCAGAUCUCCAUGACAACCUCCAGCCACCUUCCAGUUGCAGAAUCACCUGAUAUGAAAAAGGAGCAAGACCACCCUGUAAAGUCCCACACCAAAAAGCACAAUCCAAGAGGCACUCACUUAUGGGAGUUCAUCCGAGACAUCCUCCUGAGCCCAGACAAGAACCCAGGGCUGAUCAAAUGGGAAGAUCGUUCAGAAGGCGUCUUCAGGUUCCUGAAGUCAGAAGCUGUGGCUCAGCUGUGGGGGAAGAAGAAAAAUAAUAGUAGUAUGACGUACGAGAAGCUCAGUCGGGCUAUGAGAUAUUACUACAAACGAGAAAUCCUAGAACGUGUGGACGGAAGACGGCUGGUCUAUAAGUUUGGGAAGAAUGCUCGUGGAUGGAGAGAAAAUGAGAACUGAGGCUGCCAACCCUUGGGACACAAACCAAAACACACAGCAAAUGGAUUAUGAUCAAUGAAGAACCGGACGUAAAUAUUUCAAAGACUACUUUUCUGUGAUAUUUAUGUACCAUGAAGGGACAAAGAAAAUCUACUUCUGACGGGAAGAAGGAACACUACAGUUGAUAAAAAAAAAUUAUUUUGUUACUUUGAAGUAUGUCCUAUGUGGGGAACAAAUGUACACAGUUUUCUGUGAACUAUGAAGCUGUAUGUGGUUGUGAUUUGCUGUUGCCUCCUCGUGAUGUUCUUUUCUACCCCCACCCCCAAAACAACAGGGCCUGUAGCCUUGUGCUUCUUGCUAAGAGGAAGGGCUAGGAAAUGAGGGCAUUAAAUGUUUUCAAAUGUAAAAUGAUUUAGAAAAGAAAGGCAAUGUGUUCUCUGCACCUGAGCAUCCAUGUGACCUCCUCAAGGGAAAUGGAAUUGGGUCGGGUAGGGUAGGACGAAUUCCAGGGAUCUCAGACUUCUGGGAUCAACCCAAAGGAUGCUGGGAAGUUUGACUUGAAUUAGGAAAUAGUGGGUAGAGAGUGGGGACUUUUACAAUCCAGAGUGGCCUGUAGUCACAGCAUGAUCACAGGACUGGGAAAGUUUAAAUACAUGAGAAUGAAGGCAGGAGAAGGGUUUACCCUCAUUCAUGGAUGAUUUUCAUGUAACUCCUUGACCCUUGAAUGGUUGGUUCAAAAAGUCAGUUACCACAUCCUGUCACUUCUAGCUAUUUAGAGUUCAGGCAAAAUAUUAAAAAAAUAAGUGGAAUCGGAAAAUGGUGACCUGGAAAUGACCGAUGAGCAUGCUCUUGUAUUUCUGUAGUUCAAGGUUUCUCCAUGAGUACAGUUGUCAUUUGGGGCUAGGUCAUUCUUUGUGGUAAAGGUUGUACUGGGCAUUGUAAAAUGUAUAGCAAUAUCCAUGAUCUCCACCAGCAUUUUGAUACUGUGACAAUCCGAAGUGUUUCUAGAUAUUGUCAAAUGUCUCUAGGAGGACAAUAGUACCCUUGGGCGAGAACCACCAAUGGAACUGGUCAGUAUAAAGGCAGUCAUCCAGUUUCAGAACAGAAAGAUCUAUAGAUGCUUCUAGUCUCUAGAACAAAGCAAAAGCAAGACCUUGAAGUCAAUAUAUUUUUACUUUUUAAAAUAGUAGGGACAGCAGGAUGAGAUAGAUAGACGGAAGAGAUUCUUUUCAGAGAUUCACAUGAGAACCAAAGUCAAAUAAAUGCAGUGAUGUAUGGGAAGUGCAAGAGAAGAUGUUUGCACUGAGAAUGAGAAGGAAAUGCUAAGGGAAGAAUCUAUGGAUGUCUCUCUGUGGUGUGCCUGUGUGUGUGUAUGUGUGUAUGUGUGUGAGUGAAGUUUCUAGGGGCCUCUGUCAAUUUUCUCUCUGCUUUUCCUUCCCUGGCUUUCCCUGGCUUUGGUCUAGGAUGGCCAGACUUUUUUCUGGGUUCAUUUUCUCUUUUUCCUGUAACUGGACUUGACUACAGCUACUUCAUCUUAGAACUACUCUUGUCAGAGAGUAGAUGAAUCCGGAGAGGACCAGUGGGAACAGUUCUACAGAUAAAUAGAUUAUGCUGUUUGCUGAGAGCGGCAGUUUCUUGGCACCCAGUUCCCAUUUAAACAGGAUAGAGUAUUAAGUUCUCUGCAUAUCUAUUGUCUUGGCUUGAAUUUGCAGUGUUUUCUAUGUGCUAUUCAUGACUUUGAGAACUCUAGUAAUCAAGCUAUGCCAAUUUGGAGUGUAGCAGUGUGCUUCCCACUACAGCUUGGAAAAAAAAAAAUCCAAGAAAGUCCUACAGAAAAGUACCUCUUCCUUUAGGGGAUAGUUGCCUAGUUAAUAAGUCCAUCCGUGUUUAAUUGGCCACAGGAUCACUAAAUAUAGUCUCCUUGAAUAUUCCUGAGUAUUGUAUUAGUGGUUUCCAUGGGAACUGAAAUCAAGUAAUGGGCCAUUAAUACUUCACAAGACUCAGAUCAUCUGAGGCUCCUAUAUAAACUUGAUGAUAUUAAGCAAGGCCCUGGAUCCUAGAAAUAGGUCCACAGGUUCUUCAGUAUGCUGAGCAGGGCAGACCAUGCCCAUGAAUUUCAUCCACUGAGCCUUUCUUCAAGUUCCCAACUGAUUAGACUGUAAGCUCUCCAAGGGCAGGGACCAUGUCUGAUCACCUUUGUUAUCCUCAUACCUGGGAUGCAACAGGAUAACUAUUCAUUGAGUGGAUGAUGACUUAUCUUCUGGGAGACUCCUCUGACUGGGAAGCCAUCAGUCAUAUUCAUAACUGGGAUGUGAAUCACUUCUCCAGAACAGAGUAUAAUAACCAAACCUUCCAGGACAUAUCUUUCCAGGUGAACAUUUUACUGUGACAGUCUCCUUUGCCUCCUACCUGUGCUGAAAAGAAAUUCAAACCACCUGCUUGGUUCCACACGUCAGUGUCUGCUGGAUGAGAAUUCUGUUGCUUUCUAGAACUGUGAGACUUAACCUGGUUACAAGAUGCCAGUAACGAACCCUUGACCUAUUUAAUCAAUGAAGAUUAUAAAUGUGUUUAUAUGAUGUCAAUUGCUAUUUAAGUAGAAACCCAUUUUCAGUUUUAGUAUUUAGGGGCUGGUUUUUGUUUUUUGUUAUUUUUUUUCCCUUUUGAAAAAUGCUGAGGGAUAUUUUGAUAAGGUUAGUCAUGCAUGUUAGAUUUUCAUUUUGCAAGUAUGUCUUUUUUUAAUGUAUAAAAAUAUAAGAAAAGGGAAAACAGAAGGGGAAGCAAUUACAUUAAGUCUAUUAAAGCAGCUAUUGGGUGCCUUAUGCAUAAUGGAACACCAUAUAUGUGAUGAGUAUACAUGGGAGUAUAGACUGUAAAAGUCACACGAUCUGGACCUGCAGAGGAACACUGAUGAAGAGGAGACAUCAGCUUGGCAAACUUAGUGUUAUAUGUGAGUUCUCCUCAACUCGGGGCUCAAGAUUCAGUUUCUGGAAUAAGGGAAACCAUUAAGAAAACCUAACUUCUUGGAACUAUAUCUCACAAACUUUUGAAACAUGUAAAGUUCAAGUUUAGCUGAAUUGGGAUUAAUCAUUCUGUAGCUAUCUGUAUAAAUCUCAUACUUCUUGCCUUCUGGCUUCUGGGUUGAUAACUGAUAGGCAACAACCCUUCUGCCACUGUUUUUUGUUUUUGUUUUUGUUUUUGUUUUUUAAAAAUCAUAACCCAUUCCCCUUAAGCUGUUAUAUUCAAACAAUUUCUGUUUAAUGAGAGAGUUCUAUUUUGUUUGUUUGAUGGGUCCCAGAAAACACUAAUAAAAACCACAGAGGUCAUGCUG